AAUAAACUGGCAGGGAAGUACACAGAUCUCCGAAACCAGAAUGAGUCAGUGUUUUUUCGGUGUUCGUGUCGUUACCUUUUUUUUAACUUCCUCAUUCAUCAAAACUGAAAGCAUAUUUCGCUUAACCGGCUGAAGGAAAAGAAAAUCCACAACGCUUAUUUUUCUUUAGCUUUGCGUGAAAGCUCAAACUACCCCGAGCCACAUAAACGCCGUCUCUUUCUAAAUGUGAAGGUGUGUGCAGGAUAGGAUCUGUCUUGGCAGGUUUUACUUCUGGCUCUGCUCAAUAUGGACCUCAGUAAACUUCAUGAGAUUGAUGAGGGGCUGACAAAGAGCGAGGUUGCUGCACUGAAGUUUCUCUGCAUGGAUUACCUCGGCAGGAAACGGCUGGAGACUGUGAAGGAUGCGAAAGACCUGUUCAUCCGGCUCUCGGAGCAAGACUUGCUCGCCAGUAAACUCUUCCUUUCUGAUCUGCUCUACACCAUUGGCCGCUAUGACUUACUUUCCAUCUUGGACACUGACAGUAAAUGUGUCAGGAGGGUGUUGCAGACUCAGAGGUCUGGUGUUUCAGAGUACAGAAAGAUGCUCUAUAAGCUAUCUGAAGAUGUAACAGAUGACAACCUGCAUGACAUAAAAUUUCUUCUGAGCAAUCUGCCUAAAGCAAAACUGACUUCUGCUACGUUUCUGGACGUCCUGGCUGAAAUGGAGAAAAUGGAACUGCUUGGAGAAGACAACCUGGAUAAACUAGAGGAUGUUCUGAGUAACUGCAGUAAAGAGUUAGCUGAUAAGGUACAGAAAUUCAAGAACUCAGUUGGCUCCAGGGAACUUGAUCGCAUGUCAAUAUCAGAUCAGGAAGAAUCCACCAGUCUGGCUGUACCAUGUCAGGAAGAAUCCACCAAUCUGUCUGUACCAUGUCAGGAAGAAUCCACCAGUCUGCCUGUACCACGUCAGGAAGCACCAAUUGGUCCGUCUGACUUGAUGCAGGAUAUACCCAUGGCAGAAACAGGCACCUCAUCUCAUUCAGUUUCCAUGAGGCCUAGGAGUGAGAACACAGUGUACACAGAUUCACAAGGAGAGCCAGUCCCCGAAAUGUCACAGACAAAUGCAAUCAAUGUGGAGGACUAUUAUCCCGUGACCCAGCGGCCUUUAGGACACUGUCUGAUUAUUAACAACUUCGCCUUUCAAAAGACAAGUAUGCUCUUAAAUAGGAAUGGAACGGACACUGAUAAAGAUGCACUUACUGAAGUUUUCAAGAGAAUGCAUUUCACAGUACAAGAGAGAAGAGAUCUUUCAAGUACAGACAUGCUGAACACAGUGAUGGAGUUUUCAAAGAAGGACCACUCCAAAAUGGAUGCCUUCGUGUGCUGCGUCCUCUCACAUGGUGAAAAGGGCACCGUGUUUGGGACUGAUGGCAAACAUGUUCAGAUCCGUGACCUCACUCAACCCUUUGCCCACUGCACGACGCUCACGGGCAAGCCCAAACUCUUUUUCAUCCAGGCGUGUCAGGGCGGAGAGAUGCAGCUUGGUGUGUGGAGGCAAGAUGGAACUGAAGAGGAGGAGUAUGAGCAUGAUGCAGAAAAAGCCGAUUUCAGGAGUGUCCCUAUUGAAGCAGACUUCCUGAUUGGGAUGGCAACAGUGGAGUCCUACAAGUCUUUCCGUCACACCAGAACAGGAUCCAUUUUCAUCCAGGAGUUGUGCAAACACCUGCAGAUAGGCUGUCCCAUAAAGGAAGACAUCCUGGCAAUUCUGACAAAGGUGAACCGCAGCGUGAGCGACAAAAUUAUAUUUUCUAAAUUCAAGCAGAUGCCUGAGCCUCGCUACACUCUUACCAAGAAACUGGUGCUACCCAUGGACUGAGCUAGAAAGCCCAGGACUUUUGCGAUCAGUCUUUGUCUUCCGUUACACCUGAUUAGCCUUAGUUUUCUAUUAAACCUGAUCAGCAUGUAGGUUUUGUGGUUUUAGAUGUUUAUAUUAAUGGUACUCAGGUUAAUUGGUCAACUUGCCAUGUGAUUAAAUAUUGAGGAAAAAAAUCUCUUUGAUAUUUCAGGUCCCAGCUGCACGGGCUUCUUUUUAAUCAUGAUUUAAGAAUGCUAUGUUGUUGAUUAAAUUCAUCUGCAAUGUGAAUUUUCACUGUAGAAUAAAAAAAAAAAUGGAACAAUGCAGAAAAUCAUGCAGAUACAGCUCAAGAGCUUCAGUUAAAGUUCACAUCAAACAUCAGAAUGGGGGGGGGGAAAUGUCAUCUCUGUGACUGUGUUAUGGUUGUUGGUGCCAGAUGGGAUGGUUUGAGUAUUUCAGAAACUGCUGAUCUCCUGGGGUUUUCACGUACUGGAGUUCUCUCUAGUCUUGAAUUUGCAGAGAAUGGUGUGAAAAACAAAAAGCAUCCUGUGAGCAGAGGGUCUGCAGACUGAAACUCCUUGUUGAAAGAGAUCAGAGGAGAACGAUCAGACUGAUUUGAAAUGACAAGAAGUCUACAGUAACUCAAAUAAGCACUCUCCACAACCAUGGUGAGCAGAACAGCGUCUUGGAACGCACAACACAUCGAACCUUGAGGUGGAUGAGCCACGAUAGCAGAAGAACACAUCAGAUUCUGCUCCUGUCAGUCAAGAACAAGUUUUAACCUUUUUUUAUUUAUUUUUAUUUUUUUAAAUCUUCACCUGUCCAUGAUGGUCUCCGAUUCUUGUUCUUGGCUGACGAGCAGAACCCAAUGUGUUCUGCUGCUGUUGGAGCCCAUCCACUUCAAGGCUUGAUGUUUUGUGCAUGUUGAGAUGCUUUUCUGCUCACCAUGGCUAUAAUGAGUGAUUUAUAUGAGUUACUUUCUCCUUCCUGGCAACCAAUCUGGCCAUUUUCCUCUGACCUCUCAUCAACAAGACAUUUCCACCCACAGGACUGGCACAAUGUUUUUUGUUUUUCCACACAAUUACGUGUAGACUCUAGAGACUGUUGUAUGUGAAAUCCCAGUUCAGCAUUUUGUGAAAUACUCAAACCAGCCCUUCUGGCACCAACACCCAUGCCAUGGUUAAAACAACAGAGAUCAUACUUUUUGCCCAUUCUGAUGUUUGAUCUGAAUAUUAACUGAAGAUCUUGACUUGUAUCUGCAUGAUUUUCUGCCUUGUGCUGCUGGCCACAUGAGUGAAUGAUUGGAUAACUGCAUAAAUGAGCUGGUGUUCCUAUGAAACUAAACAGCGAGUGAACGUUUGGCAAUUUUCUGCGCAUUCUGUUCUUAUGCUGGUGGCAUUACAUCAUUUUCAAACUCGUCGUAUGUUGUCCAUAGCUCUGAUUUAAAAUAUAGCUCAGUGUUAGAAUGUUAUGUUUUUUAGAUGCUGCCAGUAUGAACAAAGAAUGUGCCAAACGUUCACUGCUCAGUCUUAGGACCAAAAGAUAGUCAGUGGCCUAAUACACCUUACUAAUUUUCUUAAUUACAGCUUUAAUCCUUUCAAGUCCAUCCUGAGGUCCUGUUAUUUUCCUGAGUGCCUGUCAUUUUUAGCCUAUUCUUUGACCGCAUAUUUUGGUGUUUCAGCUGCUGUUCCAAAUAAUCCAAUGUUUUUUUUUUUUUUCCUCUGGGAUUGACAUCAGGAAAUUUUGUAGGCCAGUGAAAAAUGCUUCUUCAUGCUCAUCACACACAGACUUUGCUCUGCUCCCUGUAGGUGCAUCCUCUCUACAUCCUGGAAUAUGUGUGUGUUGUGUUCUGCUUGGACAUGAAACACAAAAGCACUUCUGGCCAGCAAACUGUCAACCCAGUUUUGUCCUAAAUUACAUUUGUACAGGUGACAUUGUAAAAUAAUAUACUGCUGCUGGUGGAUGUCACUAAUGUUUCUUCCAGGGUGUUUCUUUUGGGCAGGCAUCCAACAAUGUUGUUCACAUUUAGAUAAGAAGCGUAUGAUGUCCUCAGACACACACUUGUGACCAUGUCUUAUUACCACUAGUGACCUGGGGAAAACUGUUUUCAACAGGGCCUGAAUGACUUUUUAUUUCACUUAAUCGGCAUGGUUAUUUUUCUAUCUUUAACUGAAUUCAGGUGCUUACUAUAAGUGCCUACUGAGAGAGAGAUUCUUUUGUAUUACAAAUCCUGAACUGUUUACAUGUAUAUUAAAAACUUGAAACAAAGAGAGCAAUAGUGAAUAUAAAUUACUCUGAUGUUUGAGUAAUAUUUUAUCAAUGUAUGAGGGUGAGUCAAGUGCAAGUGAUAAUUUCAGAUUUACAAGAUUUAUUUUUUUUUUUCCUAGAAGAAUCCUGUUAAACGCUCACACUUGCACUGAUCAGAUUAGAUAGAAAAAUGAUGCACUUUUGUGACAAGUAUUUGCAAUAAACAAUGCAAAAAAAAUCA